CCCCCCCCCCCCAAGAAAGGGACAAGAGUUUUUUCUUGGCAAUGUCGGAGGCCCAAGACAACAUCUCGCCCUCGACAGCGGUCGCUCCCAUUUCAGCGCCCAUGUUGCAGGAACAGCCAUCGGAUCAGCCUACUGCUCCCGUCUCAUCGUCUGCGGUCCCGUCCGUGACGGCAACAGCUGCUGCUGCCACCGCAGCUGUGGCCUCUCCCCCAAUGAAUGGUAACAGUGCUUCGCCUGCGACUGCCUCCUCGUCCACUCCGGCUACUUCUCGUCCUUCCGAGGAACUCUCGUGUUUGUGGCAAGGGUGCUCUGAGAAGUGUUCUAGCCCAGAGUCCCUCUAUGAGCAUGUUUGCGAGCGUCAUGUCGGUCGAAAGAGCACGAACAAUCUCAAUUUAACAUGUCAAUGGGGCAGCUGCCGUACUACCACUGUGAAGCGCGAUCACAUUACCUCCCACAUCCGAGUCCACGUCCCUCUCAAGCCACACAAGUGUGAUUUCUGCGGAAAGGCUUUCAAGCGUCCCCAGGAUUUGAAAAAACAUGUCAAGACUCAUGCGGAUGACUCUGUCCUUGUGCGGUCGCCGGAGCCUGGUUCUCGGAACCCCGAUAUCAUGUUUGGGGCAAAUGCCAAGGGCUACGCGGCCGCAGCACACUACUUCGAGCCGGCACUGAACACUGUUCCCAGCCAAGGCUACACGCACGGCCCUCCUCAGUACUAUGCGUCCCAUGCCCCACCACAGCCAUCCAAUCCGUCAUAUGGAAACGUUUACUAUGCGCUGAACAAUGGGCCCGAAACCCACCAAGCAUCCUAUGAAUCAAAGAAGCGAGGAUAUGAUGCCCUGAACGAAUUCUUUGGCGACUUGAAGCGACGCCAAUUUGAUCCCAACUCAUAUGCCGCUGUUGGCCAGCGGCUGCUGGGCUUGCAGAACCUCUCAUUACCCGUGUUGGCCAGUGGUCCCUUGGCAGAGUAUCAGCCAAUGCCUGCUCCGGUUGCUGUCGCUGGGGGGGGCUACCCCGGUGGCCCUCAUCCUACCCCUGCAUAUCACCUACCACCUAUGAGUAACGUGCGGACCAAAAACGACUUGAUCAAUAUUGAUCAAUUCCUGCAACAAAUGCAGGACACGAUCUACGAGAACGACGACAACGUCGCGGCAGCCGGGGUUGCCCAACCCGGUGCGCAUUACGUGCAUGGAGGCAUCAGCUACCGCACAACCCACUCCCCACCCACUCAACUUCCUCCUUCUCACGCCACAGGUGCUACCAGUGUCGGUCCCAUUCUCACCGCCACUACUGCUCAUUCUCCUUCAGCCGGCACUCCUGCUCUUACUCCUCCCUCAAGUGCGCAGUCCUACACAUCGGGCCGCUCUCCAAUUUCCCUGCCUGCUACUCACCGUGUCUCGCCACCUCAUGAAGGUGGCUCCAGCAUGUAUCCACGUCUGCCUUCAACCACUAUGGCUGAUAGCAUAGCUGCUGGUUACCCAACUGCGUCAAGUGCUGCUCCUCCGUCCACUCUGGGCGGGAUCUUUGACAACGAUGAUCGUCGGAGGUACACCGGAGGCACCUUGCAACGCGCACGACCCGCGUCUCGGGCCGCAUCCGAGACCAUGGAUCUCUCGGGCGAUGACAAGGAUUCUGGAGAGAAAACGCCUCCAGCUAAACCGGUCAUCUCUGCCAGCCUUAUUGAUCCUGCUCUCCACUCGGGAUCCCCGAGCGACACGAGCGACGCAGAGACUCUGCGCACUGCACAAGCAGCGGCUGAAGUCGCUGAACGCUCGGAUGCACAGUGGGUUGAAAAUGUGCGUCUGAUUGAGUACCUUCGGAACUAUAUUGCUUCCCGCUUGGAACGGGGUGAAUUCGAUGAGGCAGAGCGUGUUCGCCAUGUUCAUUCCCGAGAACCUUCAACGGAUGGUCAUAUGGAGGGCGUCGAAGCCACUCCCAUGCCACCUCGUUCCCCGCGGUCCGAAGAACCCUCCGUCAAGGGUGAAACGGGAGGUGAUACGGUCAUGUACCCCACAUUGAAGGGGUUGGAUGAAGAUGGAGACUCCAAAAUGCCCUAGUUAGCCGGGCUUUUUUUUUUUUUUUUUU